UUUGGAGCAACAGAUAGCAGAGCGGGAUACAGAAGAAGGAGAAGAGAGAGAGAGAGGAGGAAAGAAAAAGGAGGAAAUCUGCUCUCCUCUCUCCUCCUCCCACCUGACACGGGGAUCCCCCAACUUUAAGGCUUUUCCCUCUUCCUCCUCCUCCUCUCCGCCCCCUCCUCCUCCUUGCGCACGUUGCGUUUGCUUUGCUCUGGAUCUUGGCGCACGGCUAUGCGACUGUAAACCGCGGAAAAACGGGGGCUGGGCGGACCGCGGGUUGUAGAUACCGGAAGGACUGCGGAGAUGCGAGGAUUGCCCCGUGUCCCACCACCAGCAGCAGCAGCACCACCGAGGACAUGCGGGUUUAAUGAUAGCUUCAUGUGAGUGCUUGCGCGAGCGCAUGAGGGCGCGUGCGUGUGUCCGUGCGCCGCACAGAUGGAGCCGUGCGCUCCCAGUGUAAGUGAGAGCAGACCGAGUGGCCGCGCUCCUCUCGGACACCUGCUGCUGCUGCAGCACCUCCAAGUCUGCGCGGAAAGUCCAGACCUCCGGCAACAUGUGACAUUUCUUUCUCCUCAAGGGAAAUACAAGGGGCUCAAGAGCCAAAAGGAGACGGUGUUGUAGGUGUGUGACCCCUUCCCCUCCUCCUCCUCUUCUCUAGAGUGAAUCCAGGAUGGGUCCUGUUUGGCUUCUUCUUCUUCUGCUCCCAUGCCUCCUCAGAGGGCAGGUGACUCCAGACCCAUCAGGAGUCACAGUGGAGGUGAAUAACAGCACUGACCCUUCAAUGAACAGUACAGCGACUUCAGACAUCUCCAGCAACCUCUCCACUUCCUUCAGCAACCUCUCCACUUCCUUCAGCCCCCCUGAGCCCACUGGGUUUGCUACGACGCCUUCAGAAGCUCCCUCAGAGGAGGAUGACUGGUCACCAGCAGAGACCUUCUUGUACACUGGAGACCCUUCCACUCUGGAAGUGGCCCGCUGCUCACGGGCGUACAGCCCAGGGGGGCAGACCGGACCCUUGCCCAACAGCUUUGGUGGCCCCCUCCGGCCGGCUCUGGAUGCUGUGGCCAACACCGCCAACUUCCUCAACAUGAUAUUCCAAGCCAGCGACCUGCGGGAGAGCACGGUGCAGGAGGACAUGGAGUGGUACCACGCCCUGGUCCGCGCCCUCCUGGAGGCCGAUGUGCUCAUCCAGCAUGCCCUGCUCACCUUUGAUGCUGACCCGUCUGCUCUGGUGCCACAGCUAGUGCUCCACGCCACCCGCAACCCCACAGCCAAGGCGCAGGCCAUCGUGCUCCAGGACUUAUCCAAGGCCUGGGAGAGCCUGCAUCCUCCAGCCCCGGCCCCUGACGACAGCUGGUUCAGAAGCUUUAAAUUCCCAGAGUCAAACCAGCCGCUGGCAGGCCUGUCCAAGCGGGUGCUCCUCAAUGACCUGAGCACCUUGGACACGCCCAAGUGGGGGCAGGGCGACAGCUAUGUGACCAAUCGCAGUGGUGUGCGCUGGGCCAGUGCCCCCUUCCUGAACUGUAAAGAUGGACGCUUCGUGCCCCGCUGGAUGCUCACCCUGUCCACGUCCUUCUACGGCCUCAAGCCUGACCUGACGCCCGAGUUCAGAGGUGUGAUCCGUGUGGAUGUCAACAUUCAGGACAUCGACUUGGACCAGUGUGCAACAGGAGACAGCUGGUUUGCUGAUACACACCAGUGCAACCGCACCACCAUGGAGUGUAUGCCAGUUCCAGGUCGGGGCUUUCGGCUGGGUCAGUACUGCUGCCGCUGUAAAGAGGGAUACUACAACCCUGACAUAGCCACUCAGGACUCAGAUGGUGGCCCUGUGAACGGGAGUGACGGCAGCAGCCUGUGUUACCCGGCUAUGCCCAUCUGUCUCCCGUGCUGGCCAGGCUGUAAGAGCUGUCAGGACGGCACCCCCUGCUGGGUGCAGGAGGACUGGCUUCUGAGGGCCGGCGUGCUGGCCGUCCAGGGCAUCUUCAUGCUCCUCAUCUUCGUCAGUAUGCUGGUGGCCUACCAGCAUCGCAGGAAUCGGAGGAUUCGGGCAUCUGGCCUCCUGCUACUAGAGAUGAUCCUGUUUGGCUCUCUGCUCCUCUACUUCCCGGUCUUCAUCAUGUACUUCAGGCCGAGUACCUUCAGGUGUAUCCUGCUCCGCUGGGUCCGAAUGCUGGGCUUCUCCAUCGUCUAUGGCACUGUCACACUGAAAAUGUACAGGGUGCUGAAGGUGUUCCUCUCACGCACAGCCCAGAGAAUGCCCUACAUGUCCAGCCUCCACUUGCUGAGGAUUCUGGGAGUGAUGCUGAUGACGGUCAGCUGGUUCCUGUGUGCAUGGACGGUGGGCGUCCUGCAGAACCGUGACAGGAACAUCCCGGUGUUCAUUACAACCAACACAACAGACGGCCAGGGCUUCAACCUGUGCUACCUGGACCGCUGGGACUACAUGAUGGCUGUGGCGGAGCUUCUGUUCCUGUGCUGGGGCAGCUCUUUGUGGACUGCUGUCAGGCCGGUCCCCUCAGCCUUCCACGAACCUCGCUACAUGGGCAUCGCCAUCCACAACGAGCUGCUCCUCUCCUCCAUGUUCCACUUGUUCCGGUUUACCUUCCCUUCUCUCCAUCCUGAUUGGAUGCUGCUGCUCUCCUUCACACACACCCAUGUGACCAUCACUGUGACACUUGCCCUGCUCUUCAUUCCCAAGUUUCUUCAUGUGUCUAAGCCCGGAAAAGAGGAGAUUGCAGCAGAGGUGUAUGAAGAUGAAGUGGACCUGCGGCGCUCCGGUUCAUACCUCAACAGCAGUUUUCACUCUGCUUGGAGUGAGCCCUGUGUGGACCCGGAUGACUUUCGGGAUGAACUGAAGAAGUUAUAUGCCCAGUUAGAAGUCCACAAGACCAAGAAGAUGACCGCAAACAACCCUCAUCUGUCAAAGAAGCGAAGCUCUCGAUGUACAUUGGGGAGAUCCAUUAUUAGACGAAUUGCUGAGAUCCCAGAAAGCAUGAGCCGGCAGUGCAGCCGUGAGGAGAAAGAAGGAUCCUUCCGCAGUAGAAGUGUGAAUAUGUCUGACUCUUUUAGGAGGUCCCCAGAUACUGUCAGUAUUAGUUACAAAAGUUCAUUUACAUCACGAUCACCAUCCAUUCGCAAGUCCCAAAGUGAUCAUCACUAUGUCAGAGAAAGAGACUCCUCCAGGCGUGACUCCAUGUUAAAGCCCAACAGUGUAAAGAGAUCCUCCCAACGAUCUGAGACAGACUCCUUAGACAUCCCACCAGGGGUCUGUAAGUCAGCCAGUGCCCAAAAUCUGACAAUUGAUACCAAUCUCCUGCAUCCUGAUCACACCAGGCUUCAUAAGACCUGGAGUCUGACUUCUACUACCGGCCAUUCUGUGGAGAACAUACCAAAGGUUGUCAGAUCCAGCACAGUGCUGACAAGGUCCAGGCAGAGCAUCUCCAUUAGUGACCAGACCAGGAGUGCUCUCCAGUCAGAGUCAUUUGACAAGGCUGAGGUCUGUCCUUGGGAUGUAGAGCCAGAACAAUCAGGGGACAAGAGCCAGAAGCAUGUCACCUAUGCGAACUCCCAGGAUGGUGAGGAACAAAAGCCAUCAUCGCCAUUUAAGCUGGUCUGUCCCUGGGACCAUUUACCGCCUGUAGAAAAGACUCCUUCAGUGGAAAAGGGAACACAAGGUGAAAAUGAGUCCCCCAAACCACAGGCUCCUGUGUCAGCAAGUGCACCAGGCACUCCAAGACCAAAAGUCACAAAAGAUCAGCGUGUCUUCUCCUUCCGCACAUCCACCAGUAAGUGGCUCUCUGUGAAAUCUAUUAUGGGAUCCAUGGAUGCAGGCAGCAAAUCCAGCAAGGAGGAAAAUCUAAAUAGAGAGGAUUCUGUUUCACAAAAAAGUCAGGAAAGUGCUUCCACAACACCAAGGUCAGGGACAUCUAGUAGACGUCCAAGCAUGGAAAAGAGGUCACUGCAGAAAAGAAGUAUGACGACAACAGAAGGAAAACCAUGCCUUGUGAAGCAAAAUGCAAUAAGACUGUCCUCUGUGGAUUCUUCCGAGAGGAGCCCAAGAAGGCUUGUGAUUGUCAAAUCUGCCGUCCAUCCUUGGGACACAGAUGAUAUGCAAAAAGAUGGCACAUAUGAAAAUGUGUUUUUAUCAAGGCAGAACAGCAAACGUAGUAGUAUAAGUUCCUGGGAAACUGCCAGCAGUUCGAGGACUCCUUCAACUCACAGAAGAGGUAGUAAUCGAAUUACACCAGUUCGUACUAUUUCUCAUGCAGAUAUAUGUCCAUGGGAAGGACCCGGUACUUUACAGCAAGGAGAGGGACCAAGGAAGCAACAGAGCAUUAAAGCAGACGUCUGCCCUUGGGAUUCACAGGUAUCUGAACGAACUAAUGUGUGUCCAUGGGAAUCUGAAGGGGAAGGGACUGUGAGAAGACAAGGAAGUGCUCGUGGUGAAUUGUGUCCUUGGGAAUCACAAGAUGUUCCCGUUAUUGCUCAUGCUACCCUGUCAAGAGAUUCAAAGACACAACAGUCUUUGAAACAUUCAACAGACGUAUGUCCCUGGGAGACUGCAGAAAAACCCCUACCUUCAAUAAGACAUGAUAAUGAAUACUCUAAUGUUUGUCCUUGGGAUGUUCAGGACAAGGCUGAAAUUGUAUAUGAAAACCUAAAUCCCGUGGACACCAAGGGAUCACUGAUGGUGCCCUUACCACACAAAGUUAUGAAACCUGCCGUCUAUCCCAAUGGAUCAAAAGAAAGUUUAGGUAAUGAGCAACAUUACCAUGUAAAAUCAACUGCCAUGCAUUUGGAAAGACAAGUCACCAAGACAGCAGAAAGUUGUCCAUGGGAGUUCCCAGAUCCACCUAAAAUGGAAAAUAUUUGUCCGUGGGAAGAGGGGAACACAGAGCCAACAAAUACAGGCUCACCUUCACAAAUGACCAUCAAGGCAGAUAUUUGUCCCUGGGAAUCUGGACAUCAAGACAAACCAGAAGACUCACAAACAGGUGUCUUAACUUUGGAGGGUGCAUCAGUAGGGAUAGAGGGUAGUGAUGCAAGAGUAAACGUAUGCCCCUGGGAAACUGAGCCGCCUGAAAAAAUUGUAGCUACCAAAAUGGUGUCACAAGGAACAGAAAGACUGGCAGAUGUUUGUCCUUGGGAAACUGGGGGACCAGAAUCAGGAAAGACAGAGGCCUCCAAAGCAUCACAGAGUUAUGCAAGGCAAGACACAGCUCGGACCAAUGUUUGUCCAUGGGAGACAGGAGAAGAAGCAGGCACAGUCAAAACUGAGGUAUCGAAAGCAUCAGAGAAGCUACGAAGUCAGGGAAAUUCCCGGGAAGAUGUUUGUCCAUGGGACACAGACACCCCAAAAAUUGUCCAACAGCAAGAUAGUGCUCGGACAGAUGUUUGUCCAUGGGAGACAGAUAAGCCAAAAGUUCUGCAAAAGCAAGAUAGCGCUCGGGCAGAUGUUUGUCCUUGGGAGACAGAUGAGCCAAAAGUUCUGCAAAAGCAAGAUAGCGCUCGGGCAGAUGUUUGUCCUUGGGAGACAGAUGAGCCAAAAGUUCUGCAAAAGCAAGACAGCGCUCGGGCAGAUGUUUGUCCAUGGGAGACAGAUGAGCCAAAAGUGUUAAAAGAACAAGACAGUGCUCGGGCAAAUGUUUGUCCAUGGGAGACUGAAGAGCCAGGAGUUGUCAAAAAGCAAGAUAGCACCUCAGCAGAGGUUUGUCCCUGGGAAUCUACAGAUCCACAAACAUCAAGUGAAAACAAGGUUGAUAGUCCUAAGAGUGACAAAGAUGACGUCACAGAGAACCAGGAGCCUCUCGAUGUAGAAGAGACUGCAGCAUAUAUCAGCACAGAGGAGAUAGAUGAAGCUAAAGAAAACUUAGCCCUGGGCCGGCGUGAUGCUAUGUGUCCCUGGGAGAUGGUAAGGAGCAGAUCUGGUUCAUUCACAGACAAUGCCUCAGAUGUUUUUACAUGGGAGCCAGAGAAUAUUCCUGAAGAGGAUGAAGAGGAUGAUGCAGAAUGUGCUGCUGAGGCCCUCGUAUUCCCACCUGACUUGUGACCUAAACCUAGCCAGCAUUUACUUUCACUUUCGGUGGGGGAGGUGAACUUAAUAAAACCAUUUUGGUGGUAUCCAAAGUGAUGGUCAGGGGAACUUUUUUUUUUUAACUUCCCCAGCUCCACAGGGAGGUCAGACUGCAGGCUCAGCUCAGCUGGCAAAGCUGAAAGCCCUCUCUGAUGGACAAUUUCUUUGGCUAAUGAAAGAUAGAAGCUAGAGCCAUGUUAUGAAGGGUUGGACAUCUUAUUUUGGCCACACCGCUGUCCAAUAAGAAGCAAUGUAGUACAGGCUUGAUGAGCUGGACACUGUCAGUUAUGCAAACCUGACUGAAAAUAUCUUUUCUUUUUACUGAAGCACAUAUGUCAGACUCAUUAUGUCCCUCACUGACCCAGCAACGAACUACGAACAUUUCUUGGCGUUGGAAGGGCAUCUAAGACAUUUAGAUGAAGUCCUUUUUCUUCCUGCUUCUACCCCCCAUUUUAAAUUAAGAUGUUUUUGUGUCUUUGUAUGUUUUAAGGUGACAAUUUGCCAUAUACGUAUGUUGGACCUAUGCCUGGGGUGAAUAUGUCACAAAACCUAAAUUAAGCAGGUCCACAGUGCUAAUCGCAAUGCAGCACAGGACCCAACAGAUGGAACUCUUAACCAGCAUACACCAGAUAAAUUCAGUCUUAUUUUGUUCUUUUUUGUGGAAAUUAUAUUUUCAAAGUAGAAGGAAGAGUAAGUGUAAAGCAGCAGGAACACAAUGGAUGUCAAAUUAAAUUUAAUGACUGAUAAAACUAUGCAUACAUGUUUGCGUAAGUGACUGAUUUCAUGACUAAAUGCCAAUGAUUGAUAUGACUCUCUCACUUUUGUUUCCGUCUUAUUAAUGGAAAAAUAACAUUCCACCACUUCAAAUAACAACUAAAAUAAAAAGGCAAAAAUGUGCAUAAAUAACCAUAAACUCAAUCUUACAGCCUAAAAUUUCUAUCCCUUACAGUGGAGUGAUAAUUGCAUAAUCCUUUUAUAUCUGAACAUUUAGAAAGUGAUGACAUUGCUUAUUAUGUGGAUGCAAUGCACUAGACACCAAUUUCACUAAAAUGGGACAAUGUGAUUACAAACUAUGUGAAAAAUACAGUUUAAAUGUUUAGUAAUUGCAAAGAACAUUAAAUUGAUGGAUACUGUAUACUUUGAGGACCUGGCCAGCUUCCAACUCUGAAAUUUACUGUCUAAUGUCACAAAUAAUGUGAAUUAUUGAGGUGAGGUCUAAUUUCAAUAAAUUGCAUAAGGUUACGUCAGUAGAGCAACUUCCCCUUAAUUGGUAAACUUAAAAAUUGCUAGUCUGGGUUUGGGUUGAAAAUAACUUUUGGGGGAUAAUACUAUCGUCGUCAUUGAAAGACACAGUAGUCACGUCUCUGGCAUUACAAUAAUAUUUACGUAUAUGAUUUAAGUACUAGAUUUUAAGAGAUCCUUCUGGAUGACCCAAUUCAUGUGCAGUGGGACAAUAACACUGAAGAAACAACUUGACAGAUUUUUCAGUUUAACUUCAUAAUUAGGUGAAAUAUCUUAUGACUAUUAGUCUGCUAAGGGAAUGUAUUAUCCUAACUUCCAGGUCUAUAUUUAUAUUCUUCUUCUUCUUCUUAUA